AUGCCAUCGGAUGCUAAAAAGAGACGCGAUGCAGCGAAGAAACAAGCAGCCAAGAAUCGUAACAAAGUGCGCGAUCAAAAAUUGGAUAAGGAAAAUAACGAAGGUGUUGGUUCGCCGACACGAGAGCAAAGUCCGGAUGCACCGAUCGAAGGCGCAGUCAUCUCAACGAACGAUGUUGUCGAUGUAGCCGCUGCAAUGCUGGAAAAGAUGGAGCUGGAGAAUACGAAGGCACGAUCAGCAGCUGGGGCACUUACUUCGCAUCCACUAUCAAUGGACAUAAAAGUGGAGGGGCUAACGGUGACAUUUCACGGACGUGAGAUUGUCACGGAUACGAAACUUGAGCUUAACAUGGGACGUCGGUAUGGCCUCAUCGGUUUGAAUGGAAGCGGUAAAUCUACUCUAAUGCAAGCAAUUUUCCGGCGCGAACUCCCAAUUCCGGAUCAUGUGGAUAUGUUUCUCGUGUCUCGUGAAAUGGCUGCUUGUAAUGAAAGUGCUCUAAAAGUUGUCUGCGACGUUGAUGAAGAAAGACGGUCACUGGAAAAGCAAGCGGAAGAGUUAGCCGCUUUAUCGGAUGAUGAAAGUCAAGAAAAAUUGAUGGAUAUAUACGAUCGUCUGGAUGAGAUGGAUGCCGAUAAAGCUGAAGUUAAAGCAGCCGAAAUAUUGCAUGGACUUGGAUUUACGAGACAAAUGAUGUUGAAGAAAUGCAAAGAUUUCUCGGGCGGUUGGAGAAUGCGAAUCGCCUUGGCACGUGCUCUCUAUCUGAAGCCAUCUUUGCUGCUGCUCGAU